UUGCCCCGUACAACACAAAAGAGGACAGACAACCCAAAUAGAUUCUGAUACAACUGCUUAACUGUGGGAAGAUAUCCAGUCCUUUCGCAGCAUUGCUCAACACUGGAGACUGAAAUCAUGAUAUGGAAAUCAGUUGGGUGAGGGGAGCUUCGGCAUAUCAUCUGAUCUGAAAAUGGUCAGUGCUGUGGAGCCUAACCUGCCCAAAUGUUUAGCUGUGGGUGAUUGGUCAGAGUGAGGCUGGGAAGAAUUGCGAGAGGGUUCCAAGAGUGGUGAGAGCUUAAAUCAUUCAUCGAGCCUCAUGAACCAGUGAUUUGUCCUUGCAGGUUCAAGCUGUUCAAGUGAGAGAUGUUUGAGGAGAAUUCUACAGGCUCAUAGGAUAAGGUGCAUCUGUUAGAAACACUGCUAAUACACAGACAGCUAUAUGGAAGAGAGACUGUUUAAAUGUGAGGUCUGUGACCAAGGUUUUACCAAGUCAUCAAUGCUUGUGAACCACCAACACAUCCACACAGGGGAGAAUCCAUUUAUAUGUAAAGUGUGCAGCAAAUCAUUCUCAGAGUCAUCAACCCUGCGCAGACAUUUACGCAUUCAUACUGGGGAAAAGCCAUUCAUGUGCAAAGUGUGUAAAAAAUCAUAUUUGACAUCAUCAACCCUUUAUAAACACCAACGCAUUCACACACAGGAGAGACCAUUCAGAUGUAAGGUAUGUGACAAAUCAUUCUCAUGGUCAGAGAAUCUUUGGAGACAUCAACGCAUCCACACAGGGGAGAAGCUAUUUAAGUGUGAGAUGUGUCACAAAUCAUUCUCUGACUCAUCAAGACUUCUGCUCCACCAGAGGAUUCACACAGGGGAGAAACCAUUCGCAUGCAAGGUGUGUAACAAAUCAUUCUCAGUGUCAUCACGCCUCCAAGUACACCAACGCAUUCACACAGGAGAGAAACCAUUCACAUGUGAGGUGUGCAACAAAGCAUUCUCAAAUUCAUCGCAUCUGCGUGUACACCAACGCAUUCACACAGGGGAGAAGCCAUUUUUGUGUGAGGUAUGCAACAAAUCAUUCUCAUCAUCAUCGGAGCUCCGUGUACACCAGCGAAUUCACACAGGGGAGAAACCAUUUGUAUGUGAGGUGUGUGACAAAUCUUUCUCGCAGUCAGAGAACCUCCGCACACAUAAACGCAUUCACACAGGGGAGAAACCAUUCGGAUGUGAGGUGUGCAACAAGUCAUUCUCACAGUUAGGGAACCUCCGCACACACCAACGGAUUCACACAGGGGAAAAGCUAUUCAAAUGUGAGGUGUGUGACAAAUCAUUUGCAGACUCAUCAAGACUCCUGCUUCAUCAGAGAAGUCACACAGGGGAGAAACCAUUCACAUGUGACAUAUGUAACAAAGCAUUCUCUGUGUUAUCAACCCUCCACAAACAUCGAAACAUUCACAUGGCAGAGAAACCAUUCAGGUGCAAUGUGUGUGACAAAUCAUUCUCGGAUUCAUCAUACCUGCGCAGACACCAACGUGUUCAUACAGGGGAAAAACCAUUCACGUGUGAUGUGUGUGACAAAUCAUUUUCAAGGUCAUGCAACCUGCUGCUACAUCAGAGGAUUCACACAGGGACAAAGCCAUUCACUUGUGAAGUAUGUGACAAAUCAUUUUCUUCAUCGUCAAACCUCCGUGUACACCAACGCACCCACACAGGGGAAAAACCUUUUAUGUGCAAGGUGUGUAACAAAUCAUUUUCUGAGUCAGGGAUCCUCCACAAACACCAACGUAUUCACACAGGGGAGAAACCAUUCAUCUGCAAGAUAUGUGACAAAUCAUUCUCACGAUCAGACAGUCUCCACAGACACCAACGCACUCACACAGGAGAAACCAUUCAUGCAUGAUAUAUGCAGCAAGUUAGUCUUGAGCUCAUGGGAUACCUGCUCUAUCAGAGGAUUCAAACAGGAAAGUAACCAUUCAAAUGUGAGGUUUGUGAUCAACCACCCCAUAGAAUUUGCAGAGGGAGAAAUUUUUCAGGUGUGAUGUUUGUGACAAACCUUUUCAACAUUCAUUGCAUCUUUUGGUCCAUCAACAUUGUCAAAAAGGUGAGAAUAAUGGUGUGAAGUCUAUAACAAAGCUUUCACAAAGUUGUUGAAUUUCCUAGUACAUCAGUGAAUUCAUAUGAGGACUGCCUGACAAAGUUCUUCACAGAGUGUCCUCAUAAGUGUUUAUCUGUACCCAGUCUCACUGUGCAGGAUGUUCAGUGGGACUGGGACACAGAACAAGAAGCAGCUUUCACUCCCAUCAAACAACUAGUGAUGACAUCACCAGUGCUGAGGGAUGAUGAUGUAACAAUGGAGUCACCCUGCAGUGUGAUGUCAGUGAAACAGGACUUGGAGUAACCCCCAGGCAGUGAGGACAGCCCGCUGUGUUUGUACCCAGAGGGUUUACACAAACUGAACAACACUACACAGUUUAAGGAAGAUAGAUAGGAUGUUGUUUUUGCUCAUGACCUUUUCAGCCAGUGCCUGUUUGUAGAGUUUUACCACAAUCAAAUUCAAAACUCCUUUCUCAAACUACCUUGACCUAUUCAUGCAAAGGCUGUGAUUUUGCUUUUAGAAAUAUCAUUUGGAAGUGAAGUGCAAGCAAGAGAAGAAUAUGAACAUCAUUGACAUUUUGCUGAGAGCUGCACCCUCUGUGAAGAAAAUUGAUUGUACAGAGUGUAACAUCUUCUUAGAGAUAGUCAGCAUGGCUUUGUGUGUGGGAAAUAGUGUGUCACAAACCCUGAUUGAGUUUUUUGAGGAUUUGACCAAGAAGAUAGAUAAAGGCAGAGUGGUAGAUGCUGUCUACAUGGAUGUCAGCAAGGCCUUUGAAUGGUUGCGCAUGGUAGGCUGGUUAGUAAAGUUAGAUCACAUGGAAUUCAGGGAAAGCUUGCCAACUGGAUACAAAAUUGACAGAGGGUUGUUUUUUGGACUGGAGGCCUGUGACCAGUAGUGUUCCUCAGGGUUCAGAGCUGAGUCCACUGUUAUUUGUUAAUCAUAUGGAUGAUUUGGAUCAGAAUAUUGAAGAGUGGUUAGUAAGUUGAUAAAUUACACCAAAAGUAGUGGUAUAGUAGACAGUGAAGGAAGUAUUCUUAGAGUACAAAGGGAUAUUGAUAAUUGGGCCAAUAGAUCGAGGAGUGGCAGGUGGAAUUUAACUUAGAUAAAUGAAGGUGUUUUAUCUUGGUAAGACAAACAAGAGCAGAACUUAUACAGUUAAUGGUAAGGCCCUGGGGAAUGUUGUUGAACAGAGAGACCAAGAGGUUCAGGUAUAUUGUUCCUUGAAAUUUGCAUCACAGGUAGUCAGGGUGGUAAAGGCAACAUUUGGCUCACCAUUGCUCAGACCAUUAAGUAUAGGAGUUGGGAUUUUGGGACUGUUGCGUUUUUACAGGACGUUGGUUAGGCAACAUUUGGAGUAUGUAUACAGUUCUGGUCACCCUGCUAUAGGAUGGAUAUUAUUAAAUUGGAGAGGAUGCAGAAAAGAUUCACAAGGAUGUUACUGGGACUGGUGGGUUUGAGUUCUAAGUAGAGGCUCGAUCGGCUAGGAUUUUUUUCACUGGAGCAUAUCGGGUUGAGGGGUGACCUUAUACAAGUUUAUAAAAUCACGAGGGGUACAGAUAUGGUGAAUAGCAAAGAUAUUUUCCGUUGGGUAGUGGGAACUCAAAACUAGACGGCAUAAUUUUAAAGUGAGAGGAGAAAGAUUUAAAAGGGACCUGAGGGGCAACAUUUUCACACAAAGGAUGGUUUGUAUGUGGAAUGAACUGCCAGAGGAAGUGAUAGGUGCAAGUACGGUUACAACAGUUAAAAGACAUUUGAUCAGGUAUGUGAAUACCAAAGGGUAUGGGCCAAACACAGGCAAAUGGGAAUAGUUUAGUCUGGGAAACCUGGUUGGCAUGGAUGAGUUGGACCAAAGGGUCUGGUUCUCUGCUGUGUGACUCUAUGACUAUGACUCUAUUCAACUAAAAGAAACAGUAUGAUAUUGAUUCAGCUUUCCAAGUUUCUAGAUUGUUGAGGCAAUGACACCACAGCAUUUGCUCAUGCUCAGGAAGCUUAAGUUUCUGACAGGCCUUUCCUUAGCUCUGAAAACGUCUGCAACCCUGAGUUAGAGUCUGAGACUUCAGUCAGUUCCAAUUACUUACCUAGGAAAUGGUGGGCAAGCAAAAAAACAAAUUAAAUCCUAACACCAUACAUCUGCAACCAGUCACUCACCUCCCAUUCUCACUUCUGACUGCUUGACUGCCAUCCUUGCAUCCACCUUCCCAACGCAGUUGAACCUGAUCACAUUACCUGACCUGACUUGACUAGCCUACACCUAAAGUAUUAACCUAUCAAUGCCCCAACACACCUAACUUCACCCACAUCACACCUUUCACCCUGCCCAUCUACCACUGCACCCAAUUACAUCAUGAACACUGCCCACUUACCCGCCUUAUUUCCAAUCCAUCUGUCUGUUCACAUUGGUCAUUUAUCGAUGGUAACUAGUGCAGUAAACAGGAGACAUAUCUUCACUGAUUUUCUUCACUGCUGUGAGCAUGGAUUUUUGCACUGAGGGAGUGUUUUUGGCCAGAACAGUCAUAUCCAGGAUAGUUUUCUAUCUGCUUCACAUCGGACACAGGUUUUCCAAUUCCAAACAGAAAAUUUUGAAUGAAUUUGUUCACAUCAAGCACUUUUCCAAAAAAAAUGCAACUCUUCAAAUGUUACAGAAAGUUGUGAUGAAAUGAUGGCUUGAAACUAUUAAGAAACCCUUGUUACUGUAAGAGUAUUGGACAGAGGUGAGGUGAUUGUCGGAGAUGGCAUCCUAUUCAAAGGGAGCAGGGUCAUGAUGCCUAAAGAGAUGAGAAAAGAGAUGCUGAAACACAUCCUACACAAAUUAUCGAGGAAUCGAGUCUACUCAAAGGAAGGUUACGAAGUAUUCUACUCUCCAAACAUGAGCAAUGAGAUGAAGGACCACAUCAGCCAUUGCAGAGAUUGUAAUGAACAUGAAACUAAAUAAGAUACAGAGCUGUUCUUACAUCCCAAAUAGCCCAGGGACGAAGCUUGGAAUAGAGCUCUUAACUCCCACUGGAACUGAUUUUCUCAUCACAGUCAACUACCAUUCAAACUAUGCAGUGUUAAAGCAGCUGACAUCAACGAUUUUCUGAAGGAAUACUUCAGUGGUCAUGAUACCCCUGACAUUAUGAAUGUCACAGUAAUAACCUCAGUUCACGAGUGAAGAAUUCAGUCACUUCCUGAAUGAUUGGAAAAUGCAGCACAUCAUCUGCACGCCAGUCAAAUGGAAAGGCUGAGGCAGCAGGGAAAGAGGUGUGUUAAGACAAACUUAGCACAGAAUCUCACUUACUGGGACAUGAAAAGUUGUCCUGUUGUUAUCAUACUGAACCCCGACUAUUCUUCCAAUGGGUAAAUUAUAGAGGCCAGAAGGUGUCAUAGGAGUGAGUGACAGGAUCAAAAUGAAGUAUUGGGAAAACAGUUUGAUAAAGCUGUCACAUUGUUGAGAAUUGGAGAGUCAAAGUGCAAACAUUCAAUGCAUUGAACAAAAUCAGCCUACUGGCAACUUGGAACCCACAAGAGAGGAAUUUUCGCCCUGAUCAUGCAUUGGAGUGUGAAUGACUUGAUCCAUCACAGCAAAUGCAGCCACCUAUUUGCAUCUGGUGAAGUGACAUGACUGUGACUACCUUUGAUAUCAAGGCCAAAUUUGACUGAAAGUUUCUUCAAAGAGCCGACAAAACUAGGAAUCAGGGAAGACAUUCCACUGGUCUUCUCCUGACUAUUGUUUGCAAUUACUCUAAAUAGUGUACACAAGAGUUCAAAGUUUGUGAGAAGAUUUGUAGCUCGGGUACUCAUUGUUGUGGUUCUGUUCGCCGAGCUGGGAAUUUGUGUUGCAGACAUUUCGUCCCCUGUCUAGGUGACAUCCUCAGUGCUUGGGAGCCACCAGUGACACGCUUCUGUGAUGUUUCCUCCGGCAUUUAUAGUUGUUUGUC